UAAAGUGGUCACUCGAAUAUCUUUUCAUUAGAAUAGACAAUCUUUGAAUAUAGUGAGCCUGGAACGCGACCACGGAUUCUUUACAGCAUGCGCCAUUAGAUGAGCGCGGGGAACAAGACGCAGCAACAGUAUUUUCGAACUCGCGUACAUUUUUCUCAGCACAUCAAGGUUAUUUAAAUUGUCUGUUUACACAGUUUCUACUGCUUUGGGGUAUCAAAACCCACAUUUGAAGUUACAUGUAGCUAUUGUUUGUUUGCUAUUAGCAACGCGGAAGGAAAACAACUAGAGGCCUACUAGCUAACGUUAGCUAUCCUGUUAGCUAGUUUGUGGCAACAAGACACCCUCAGGAGUCCGUCUUGUUUGAGAAGAAACAACACAUUUUUCAGUGCUCCAUCAUGGCUGAUGACUUUGAUAUAGAAGCAAUGCUUGAGGCUCCGUAUAGAAAGACUUGCCUAACGAUAUCUCACCUCUACUUCCAUGAAUUCCAGUGUGAUCUGUCAAAAAAUGAAGGAUGAGAUCAAGCCCAGUAGUCCCAAUGGCCAUGAGGAGCGCAGCAAGAAGAAAAAGAAGAGCAGGAGCCGAAGCAAAGACCGGAAGAGAAGCAAGAGCCGUGAUCGCAAGAAGAGCCAUGACCACAAGAGGAGCCGCAGCCGCGAGCGAAAGCGGAGCCGCAGCAAGGAGAGGCGCCGGAGCCGCACCCGGAGCAGGGAGCGCAGCGGCCGCUACAGGGACCACAAGACUACCUUCUCUGGGCCGAAAUUUAACGGUGGUUCCAGAGGGAAGAUUGGCCCUCCACCUGUCAUCAAGCUAAGCCGAAGGCGUUCCAGAAGCCGAAGCCCUUUCAAGAAAGAGAAGAGUCCUGUGAGGCAGCCAAUUGACAACCUGACUCCAGAGGAAAGGGAUGCUCGCACUGUGUUUUGCAUGCAGCUGGCAGCCAGAAUCCGUCCACGAGACCUGGAAGAGUUCUUCUCUGCAGUGGGAAAAGUGAGAGAUGUGCGCAUGAUCUCUGACAGAAAUUCGAGGAGGUCGAAGGGAAUAGCUUACAUUGAGUUUGUGGAGGCCAACUCUGUGCCGCUGGCUAUAGGAUUGUCUGGUCAGCGACUUCUGGGGGUGCCAAUCAUUGUUCAGGCCUCGCAGGUAAUGGCUGAAAAAAACAGGGCUGCUGCCAUGGCCAACAACCUGCAGAAGGGCAACGCUGGACCGAUGAGGCUCUACGUCGGAUCCUUACACUUUAACAUCACAGAGGAGAUGCUGAGAGGAAUUUUUGAGCCUUUUGGAAGGAUUGAGAGUAUUCAGCUCAUGAUGGACAGUGAGACUGGAAGAUCUAAAGGAUAUGGCUUCAUCACUUUCUCGGACGCAGAGUGUGCCAAGAAGGCCCUGGAGCAGUUGAACGGGUUUGAGCUGGCCGGCCGGCCCAUGAAGGUGGGCCAUGUCACGGAGCGCACAGAUGCCUCCACCGCCAGUUCAUUCCUGGACAGUGACGAGCUGGAGAGGACGGGCAUUGACCUAGGCACCACCGGGCGCCUGCAGCUCAUGGCCAGACUGGCUGAAGGCACGGGACUGCAAAUUCCUCCAGCCGCACAGCAAGCCCUACAGAUGAGUGGGGCCAUUGCUAUUGGUGCCAUGGCUGCUGUAUCAGCUGCCAUGAAUCCUGCUAUGAACAUGAACAUGAAUAUGAACAUGAAUACAGCUAUGAACUUGCCAUCCCAGCCACUUGCUACACACUGUUUCCAGCUGUCUAACAUGUUCAACCCUCAGUCUGAAGAUGACCCAGGCUGGGAUGUUGACAUUCAGCAUGAUGUCAUUGAGGAAUGCAACAAACAUGGAGGAGUUGUGCACAUAUACGUCGAUAAGAAUUCCACUGAAGGCAACGUGUAUGUGAAAUGUCCAACCAUUCCUGCUGCCAUGGCUGCAGUAAACGCAUUACAUGGUCGAUAUUUUGCAGGUAAAAUGAUCACAGCGGCAUACGUCCCUCUCCCGACAUAUCACAACCUUUUUCCUGAUUCUGUGACGGCUACCCAGCUCCUGAUCCCUCCUGCUCGCCGAUGAUCUCACAGCGAGACACAAACUGAUUUGUUGGACACUGUAUAAUUGAUUAUUUUCUCUUUUUAAAAGUUUGACAUUUUAUUGUCGAUGGUCUGUUUUUCAUUCCUGCAAGUUAUGGCAGUUAGUUUUUCUUUUGUUAGUAGAUGAAGUAAGAUUUUAUUUUUUUCAGUGCAUUUCUUUUUUGUCGAGACUUUCCUUACGUUGGUGGCGAAAAGAAUCAAAGCUUUAUUUGCGUAGCCACAUCCAACAGUGUUGGUGGAGUUUCAGCCAGUCUAAUAAAGGGAUUAUAGUCCCUGAAGAGUUUGUUGGUGGAGUUUCAGCCAGUCUAAUAAAGGGAUUAUAGUCCCUGAAGAGUUUAUUGGUGGAUCUGGACAAUUUACCAUUUUAUCUUUUGUAAAAUGUAUUCUUGUUCAUACAAUGUCUUGUGUUUGAUCGCUUUGAUGGGCAUGUUUUCCCUGAAGUGUACAAUUUAAGACACCCAGACACAAGAAAAGAGGAUAUUGAUUAUUUUUGGAGAAAAAAUACAAUUCGAACAUUGCAGUUUCAAUUAUACAUCAGAAUAUUAUUCAAUGUUUUAAGCUCCAUGAGCUCUGAAAACGUAAUGACUGAUUUCAGUUGUGCUCAUUUAGAGACAUUUGGUUUUUCAGUAUCUGUUUUCUAAUCAAGAUUUGAUUUUGUAAAGACCUUGAUUAAAAUGUAUUUUAAAGUCA